GGAUCAGUCGCUCUCGCCGUCUCAUCUCCGGUGUAUCCGUUCCUCCUUCCUCCAUCCACACCUCGAUCGGCGGAUGGUGGCACGUAGUUUUCCUCGCCACGCGCGCGGGGCCGUCGUGGUGGUGGUGGUGGCUAUGGCGUAGAGAGGAAAAGGAUCCGUCGGACGGAAGGCGGAGGAGGCGGGGUUUUCUUUCUUUUCGUUUCGUUUUUUUUUCCCCUUCUUUUUUCGGUGCUGGUGCGCCGCGCUCUUCUUCUGCGCUGCCAUGGUGGUGAUGUGCUGCCGUGCGAGGUGAGGUCAGGUUACGUAGAAGCCAGGCGGCCGUGUGGGUUUGGCUGUCCGUCCAUGGAUGCCGGUGAGGGUGGCGGCGCGCCAGCCGCGGCGGCGGCGGCGGCGGCGGCGGGCGGUGGUGGUGGUGGCUCGAAUGGGUUUAUUCACGCCGUGGUGCGGUGCUACUCCUCUCCCCUAUUCUUCUGGCUCCUCACCGUCGCGCUCGUCGCCGCAAUCCACCUCGCCUCCAGCUUCAUCUCUCCCUCCAGGGACGAGGAGGAUAAGGAGGCAGAGAGGAAGGCGCGGCGCGGGAGUGGUUUCGCCGGCGGCGGCGAGGACGAGGAGAGGGAGGAGGAGACGGCGGGCAGGAACGACGACAGGAUUCUGGAGAUGAUGCGCAGCUUCAGCUUCAUGCAUACGAGCGAGGAGGAUUUCAUGGAGGGCAUGGUUACGUACGACCAUGUCGUCGCCAGGAUGGCGCCGGAGCCGGUGGCGCCGCUGCCGCUGACACCGUCGCCGCCGUCGACCUUCAGCUUCAAGUUCCAGCACCAGUUGCCCGAAAUUCUCCGAGAGACGACGGUGGUUUCGGGAGAGAUACCAGUGCAAGUAGUGGAAGAGCACGAGCCGGAGAAGAAGCCGGCGAUCGCGUUGGAAUCGGUGGCCAAGCAAGAACGCGAGCGAGAAGCAGAGGAAAGAGAGGUAGUCAUGGGAGAAGAAGAAGAAGAAGAAGAAGAAGAAGAAGAAGAAGAAGAGCAGGGUAGGGAGGUCAUGGAGGCGGCGUCGCCAAGGAUCGUCGCGACCACGCAUAACUACCGGUUCUUGACGGAGCGAGACUUCCGGGGGUUCGUCAAGGAGCCGGAGGCCAUCACGGUGCGCGUCCAGGAAUCCUUCGUGCCAUCGCCGCCGCUGGCAGCUGCGGCGGCGCCGGCGCCGGCGGCGUCGCAGCCUGAGGAGCGGCGAGUGGUCGACGUGCCCCCGCGUCGCGGCUUCCUCACGGAGAGCGACUUCCGUCCGUCGAACGAGCCCGGCGCGCGCCGCCCCCAGAGCGUGGCGUCGCCGGAGAAGAGAGCGCCGUCGCGGAUACGGAAGCCGGCGGCGAGCUCCCCGUCUGCCGCGUCGAAGGGCAGCGCCGUGAGCGGGAGGACGAGCUUCGCGUCGGAGUUCUCCGGCUUCGGCGGCGACUCUGACUCAGAGUCAACCGCCAGCGACGGCUACUCGGUGAAGGACCUCGCCGUCGACUCCGACAGCGACUGGUUCCUCUCGGAGAAGGACUUCCCAGCGGCGGCCGGGCACGACGCCGGCAGACUCAAGAGCUACUACAAGGCCAAGGUGCUCAAGGCACUGGACGCCCUCGACGAGUCGGCUUCCAACCUGGAGCGGUCUUUCCAGGAUUCUGCGACGACGGUGUCGCCGGGCUCGGUCGGCCGGGCAUCGCCGGACAGCAUCGCCGGCGGCUCCGCCAAGUACCCCGAGGACAUGUGGUCCCGGAGCCCCUCGCCGGACGCCGAGUACAAAGAAGACAAGCACAAACGAACCGGCGAAGAAGCCGAGGUGAGGAACAUGGAGGAGGAGGAGGUGAGCUUCGACAUGAGCGACGACGAGCGCGCUCCUUACUCCGGCAGCAAGAAGACAGCAGCAGCAGCAGCAGCAGCAUCGCCGGUGCACGACGCCGAUUCUGAAGACGAGAACAGCAUGGAUCACUCAGAGAAGGAAACCAUCACCAUCAAUGAUCAUUCGUUCGAGUCUGUCUCCGAUACCAGGAGGAGCCCAGAAGCAAUCUCCGACAGAGAAUUGGAUGAUCUCUCGUCUCAUCGUGUUCAUGUUCUUGAUGCCAAGAUGAGCUCGGAGCCAACAUCAGAAAGGGAACUUGUCGGUACGAACGUUCAUUCAUCUGAACUCAUUUCUGACGACACUGAAGAAUCUGCAGCUACAAAUGAUCAGUUACAGGCAGCAGUUUCUGAUGACAAGCGAAUCCCGCGUCAUUUGGAGGAAGAAUUUGCCGAUACAGAUGGUCAUUCACAUGAACUCAUUUCUGAUGUUUGGAAAGAAAUUGUCAGUGCAAAUGAACAGCCAUUAGCGGCUCACGACGAAAAAAGCAACCUUGAACCAUCAGAAAUUGAAUUUGUUGGCACGGACGAUCAACCGGUUGAGACUGUUUCUCAUGAUCAGAUUGCAAUCGUCAGAACCCUGGAUGAUCCUUCAUUUGCGAUGGUUUCGGAUGAUAAGAGCAUCCCAGAGACUCCAGAGCAGGAAUUCAGUGCAAAUGAUCAUCCAAGUGGACUAGUCACCGACGUCAGGAUCAGUUCAGAGACUACAGAAGAAGAAAUUGAUAUCCCAAAUGAUCGUCCAGCAAAUGCCACUCGACAUGUAACCUUCUCUGUCGAAGAGAAGGGGAAGGUGCUGGACGAGGUGGAGGAGGAUCAAGAAGACAAGUGGAAGGAUUUGACAGAGGAGGAGGAGGACGAGCUGGAGUCACUGUGGGAGCAUCAGGAUCUGAUAGAACAGCUGAAGCUGGAGCUGAAGAAAGUGCGGUCGAUCGGGUUGCCGACGAUCUUGGAGGAGUCGGAGACGCCAAAGGCGCCGAUGGAGGAUCUCAAGCCAUGGAGAAUCGAUGCCAAGUUCCUGCGCGAGGAUCCGAUGGACGAGCUGAACAAGUUCUUCAAGAGUUACAGGGAGAGGAUGAGGAAGUUUGACAUAUUGUGCUAUCAGAAGAUGUAUGCAAUAGAUUUUCUACAGCUCAGAGGGCCUCAACAAUCGGCAAACUCUCUAAAAUCCUUAUCACCAACGGUGACGUCCAUCCUUUCUCACAAUUUCCGGUCAUCACGUCGAAAAUCACCCGAGGACCCGUCAGAAAGGUUUCUCAAGGAACUCAGGUAUGACUUGGAGACGGUUUACGUCGGGCAGAUGUGCUUAUCAUGGGAGUUCCUCCGGUGGCAGUACGAGCAGGCCCGCGACCUGCCGGAUUCCGAUCCUUACCACAGCCAUAAUUACAAUCAGGUGGCUGGAGAAUUCCAACAAUUUCAGGUAGUAGUGCAGAGGUUUGUGGAGGAUGAGUCCUUCAAGGGCCCUAGGCUGCCAAACUACAUCAACAACCGAUGUGUUCUCCGGAAUCUCUUGCAAGUACCUGUAAUUAAAGAGGACAGCUUGAAGGACAGGAUGGAGGAUCAGCGUAAGGGGAACUAUGUUAUAACGAGCGAGGAGCUGGAGGAGAUCAUGGAGGAAUGUAUGCGCGUUUUUUGGGAGUUCAUCAGGUCCGACAAAGUCGAGACGACGUCGGUGCUCAAGGGUUUGUCGAGCAACCACGUUGAGCUCCAGGACCCUUUAGACCAUGACCUUAUGAUGCACAUCCAUGCCACGUUGCAGAAGAAAGAGAAGAGGCUGAAGGAUCUCCUGAGGACUGGCAACUGCAUCGUGAAGAAGUUCAAGAAGCCCAAGGAGGACAAUUUGAACCAGAACCUCUUCUUCUCGCAGGUCGACAUGCGGCUCGUGGCACGGGUUCUGCGGAUGCCGAGGAUCACCAGCGAGCAGCUGCAUUGGUGCAAGGCGAAGCUGGACAAGAUCGCACUUGUAGAUAGGAGGAUCCACAGGGAGGCUUCAUUUUUGUUGUUUCCCUGUUGAGAGUACAUACAUAUAUAUAUAUACACACAUGCUUCUUUUGUUCUUUUCCCCCUUCAUAUAGCAUCUCCACCAUGUAAUCCCCGGCUUGUAGGUUUUCUUAACCUUUUUAGUAAUCCAGCUCCUUACACAUGUCAAGUGAUUACAAUUGUAACAUGAUUAAAACAGCUCAUAAACCACAGAGUCCACACGGCAUAUAGUACUUACAGUACCUUAGCUAGAAAAUUAUCAGUGUAAUAAUCACCAUUUCCUCUCAAGAGAGAGAACACCUACCAGAAUGCAGAGAUU